ACAAAGAACAAGCCAAGUUUUGUGGUAUUCAAGGGAGAAAAAUCAUUGGCCAAAACCCAAAAUUUGUGUUGAAUCAGCCCCUUCUCUCAUACUGUAGAAAAGGAUUUACAAUGGACAAGAAAGGGACUGUUUUGAUGCAAAGAUUCGAGCUUGGGAGAUUACUCGGACAAGGCACGUUCGCAAAGGUUUAUUAUGGAAGAAACAUCACCACCGGCCAAAGCUGCGCCAUUAAAGUCAUCGACAAAGAGAAGAUAAUGAAAGGCGGUUUGAUCGACCAGACGAAACGCGAAAUCUCCGUCAUGAGGAUCAUCAAACAUCCCAACGUCGUUCGAUUCUACGAGGUGAUGGCCAGCAAGUCGAAGAUCUAUUUCGUGAUGGAAUAUGUUCGCGGCGGCGAGCUUUUCAACAAGGCGACGAAAGGGAAACUCAAGGAAGAUGUUGCUCGUCGUUACUUUCAGCAGUUGGUGGCCGCGGUUGAUUUUUGUCAUAGCAGAGGCGUUUACCAUCGUGAUUUGAAGCCGGAGAAUUUACUUUUGGAUCAGAACGGGAAUUUGAAAGUCUCGGAUUUCGGGUUGAGCGCUUUAACAGAGUCUCGCCGGCAAGACGGGCUUCUUCACACUACGUGCGGGACGCCGGCGUAUGUGGCGCCGGAGGUUAUAAACAAGAAAGGGUACGACGGAGCUAAGGCGGACAUUUGGUCUUGUGGGGUUAUCCUUUACGUUCUCUUGGCCGGUUUUUUACCGUUUCACGACCAGAACUUGAUGGAAAUGUAUAAAAAGAUUUGUCGAGGUGAUUUCAAGUGCCCAAAUUGGUUGCCGCCGGAGGUCCGGAAGCUUCUUUCUCGGAUCCUCGACCCGAACCCGAACCAACGGAUCACGACGGUGAAGCUGAUGAAGAACAUUUGGUUUAAAAAAGGGUACAAAAAAAUCGACACCCCUCCGCCGUCGCCGAAUCCGCGACAGUUCGACCUGAUGAUCAGCGAUGUACAUGCAGCGUUCUAUUCGUCAACAUCGUCUUCGGCUUAUGAAACCAGCUCCGAAGACGAAUCGACCUUGGUGACACCGAGGCCGAUGAGUCCGAUUCGACCGAACGUUUAUAAUGCUUUCGACAUUAUAUCCCUUUCUCAAGGAUUCGAUCUAUCUGGUUUAUUCGAAGAAGAUUUGAACCAAUGUAACUCGUCCCGGUUCACCACCAAAAAACCGGCAAACGACAUCGUUUCGAAGUUCAAACAAAUAGCUCUGAACGAGAGUUUCAACAUCAGGAACGACGAAGGGAAGGUGAGGUUACAAGGGAUCAAAGAAGGACGGAAAGGACAAUUAGAGAUCGACGCCGAGAUCUUCGAGGUUACGCCGUCGUUUCAUGUGGUGGAGCUGAACAAAACGUCAGGAGAUACUUUGGAAUAUAAGAAUUUUUGUAACCGGGAACUGAAGCCAUCGUUGCAAGAUAUAGUUUGGACUUGGCAUGGACAUCAACAGCAAACUCAGUGACAAUAUUACAACUUCCAUCCAAUAUUAUAA